UCUGAUGUGGAAGGUACUAUAAUUGACACACCAAUCGAAUUGAUCAAUGCAAUGGAGAGUUCAAAUGACAAUAUAUCAAAUUGAUUGACUUAUAAACAAGGAAACAGGUAUGAGUAAUCCUAAUGUAUGUGGAAGUACAAGUGGGAAUGACAAUACAAGUGGUUCAGGAAAAAGGGGGAGAGGCCAAAGGGGAAGAACUAAGGCUCAUGAUAUUAUAAAUAUGACAGAUGGUGAGAGAAUACAAAUUGAAGUAAAUGAGUGGGGACAACCAUGUGAAGGCAAGUCAACAGCGAAAUUAACUACAUGGAUUGGAACAUUAGCAAUGAAUCAUCUAUAUUGUCCAUUGACAUACCCUAAGUGGACAAACAUACCACAAUCAUAUAAAGAAGAUUGUUGGAAAGCAAUAACGGCCAAAUUUAUCAUCCCUGAAGUUUUCAAGACAUGGUGCUUAGAUAGAUUAGCUAAACGGUUGAAGGACCAUAAGUGUGACUUGAAGGCCGAGUACUACAGUAAGUAUGAUUCACCCUCUGAUCGGAGGAAAAAUAUUGAUCUUCAACUUAUACCAUUGGAGCAAUGGGAUGCACUACUGAAGUUGUGGGAUGAUAAAAAGCAUAAGGAACUUUCUGAUCGUAAUAAGAAAAAUAAGUCCAAACAAAAAAUGCGUCAUAGAAUGGGUAGAACUUCAUAUGCCGUCAUACGUGAGAAAUUGCGUAACGAGGACCCAGAGAAAAAGCUUCCAAAUCGUAUCAAAAUGUUUGACUUCACCCAUAAAAGGCCUGGAUUUUCCAUGGAUGACGAGUCUGCGAAAAAGUUGGUAUGUUAUUAAAUAGAACACAAGUGUUGAUAUUGAUAUAUUAUUUCUCUAACUAUUUGAUUAAUCUUUUAUUUAAUUAUUUAUCAUUAUGGUUUGUGAUUGCUUAUAAAAUCAUGGUCUAUUUUAUAUUUUC